CCUCACCCUCACCCUCACCCUCACCCUCACCCUCUCUUCCCCCCCUGGGCCCGGGGCAGGGUGGUUGGUUGGUGGCCCCUCUCCACCCCCCGGCCGCGCUGGGCGAUGCUGGGGAUAAGAUGUCAUGGCUGUUCCCCUGGUCGAGCUCCAUCAAGAAGCGGGCCUGCCGCUACCUGCUGCAGCACUACCUGGGGCACUUCCUGGAGGAGAGACUCACCCUCCAGCAGCUCAGCCUCGACCUGUACAACGGCAGCGGCCGCCUCCGCGACGUGCAGCUCGACGUGUGGUCGCUGAAUGAGUUGCUGGACUCGCUGGGGGCCCCGCUGGAGAUCACAGACGGUUUCAUUGGCAGCAUCUUGGUGACCAUCCCCUGGUCCGCCCUCAUCACCGACAACUGCACCGUGGAGGUCACCGGCCUGCAGCUGACAUGCCGACCCAAGUACUGCUUCGCCCCAGGGCCAGAGUCUCCCAGCUGGUCCUCCUGCAUGACCACCAGCAUGCAGCUCGCCAAGGAAUGUCUGAAGGAGUCGGAGGAGCCCGAGGAGCCCACCCAGCCCCUGGAGGGUCUCGAGAUGUUUGCUCAGACCAUAGAGACAGUGCUGAGGAGGAUAAAGGUGACGUUCCUGGACACCAUUGUACGAGUGGAGCACACUGCCGACGGCUCUGGUCCUGGCGUGGCCCUGGAGGUGCACAUCAAGAGGCUGGAUUACUGUGACGAGGCAGUGAAGGACUCGGUCGGCAGCUCGAGGAAGGAGCCCAUCCCCAUUGACAUCCACCAACCGCCAGCCUUCGUGCACAAGGUGCUGCAACUCUCCGGGAUGCUCCUACACUACGAGGAUGUCCCAGAGCAGCGUAUGGACCCCCCAGCCUCGUCCCCUGUACCACAGCAGACGGAGGAGAACGCCAGCGAGGAAUCGGACCGUGCCCCCGGAGCGAGCAGCGGGACUGCGAAGGGCCGAGCGGCCACGGUGCCUCCGCAUCUGGUGCAGAUCGGCAGCUGCACCGGCUGCCUGGAGAUGACGGUGAAACUCAAGCAGAACGAUGCGCUACCUGGACCCAAGUUGGAAGUAGACGGGAAGAUGGGAUCGCUGCACUUGUUCCUCAGCCCUCACCACAUCUCCAACCUGGUCGAUUUUCUCAGCACCAUCAAUCUCUCGGAGGUGAGCGGGCUGAGGGAGAAGCUGAGCAAGAGCCGGCCCCUCGACCCCGAGGACUUCAAGCUGAUCGAGCAGGACCUCAACAAGCAGCUGCACUCGGGCCGCAGCCUGGCGCGGGCCAAGGCCGAGGAGCUGGACUCACUCGUGGGCCCCGAGACGGCAGCCCCCUCCGACAUGUUCUUCUCCAUGGCCCCCAUGACCAGCAGUGUCACCUCCGUGCAGUCGGGCAGCGAGCUCUCCGAUGUGGAUCUGGACGGCUCCAUGUGCAGCGAUCGCAGCGCCUCCCCGCUACAGCCCCCCUCAAUGGGCACAGGGCUUGCGAUGGGCUCCCCCCGCCAGCACGGCAGCUCCUUCUUCCCCUCCACCCUCCCCAACCUGCAGGGCAUCAACAGGCAGCAAGGCAGGGCGCAGCAGCCCCCGCCCAUGGAGGGGGUGAAGAUGGACGUGCUGCUGAAGCUGAGCCUGGGGGGCCUGACCGCCACCGUGCUGCACCUGGAGCCGCUGCCGGGGGGCCCCACGGCGGAGCCUGCACCCAGCGGGGCCAACCUCCACACUGGGGCCAACCUCCAUGCUGGGGCCCCCCUCCACGCCACAGCCCGGCACUACUACACGGAGCUGGCCUACUUCAAGGACAGCAUCUUCACCGACAGAGACUUCAGCCACUUGAGGGCCCACUUCGAGAAGGCCUGUCCACAGAGUAACCUGAGGUUGAUCGGCAGUGCGGUGCAGCUGGUGUACGAGCAGAAGGUGGGCCGAGGCGUGCGGAUGGUGUGUGUGGACGCCUGCUUCGGCGCGCUGGAGAUCCUGGAGUGCCUGCGGUCCCAGCCGGGGCCCACGGACCCUCAAUACACUGAGCUGCUGGUGUUCAAGAAGCCCCCCGCGGGGCCCUGUGAGUCCGGUGCCUGCCCCUGUGCACAGAUCCAUUACCGACAGACCCUGCGGACCGAGAGCCGGGUCGUGACGAGGCGCGCGGCCGAGCUGGUGGUGGAGCUCCAGGAGGCACAGGCCGACAUCGACGUGGGAUUCCUGGACAGGGCCGACCUGCUGCUCCGGCUCUGGCUGUCGGGAGAGCGGGAAUUCCAGUCGGAGCAGGAAAACCUGUCGGAGCCGACGUUGAUGUCCGGCCUGUCAGGCCUGCGGUGUGAGUCUGUGCCGGCGGCUGGCCAUCUGACGGCAGUGCGAGUCACCGCGCCCAAGGCCCAGCUGCGACUGCAGUUCCCGGUGCCCGACCUGAGGCCUGAGGGCGAACGCAGGCCCCGGGCCCACAAGGCCGUGCGCAGGGAGUGCCUGAGGCUGGAGUGCACAGACCUGGCCUUCCACACCGAGCUGGGGGCGGCCUUGCCCCGGACACAGCCCUGCACCUACCAGCUCAGCUUCAGCGACCUGCACGGUAUCUACGAAGAUGGAUUGAAACCCGGAAUCUCCUGCAUUCGAGUCAAUAAAGCCUCCGAUAUAUUUCCCGGGACAAAGUACACUGUUCCCAAGCUGGUCCUGACGGUGAAUCCCGACUACGCCGCCGCAUCCCAGUGGGACCUGUUCAUGGAGAAGGCGGACUCCCUGGACCUCUCGGCCGUCGAGAGCCCCUGCGAGCUGAAGCAGCCCGAGCCGUCUCCCUUCUCCUCCAAGCGAACCAUGUACGAAACAGAGGAGAUGGUGAUCCCGGGAGACCCGGAGGAGAUGGCGGAGUUCCAGUCACGGACCCUGGCCUCAUCCCAGUACGUCCUGGAGCUGAUCCUGCCCACUCUGCACCUCCUGCUGCCCAGCAAGGAGUUCUACGAGAGCAUCUACAACAGGUGGGUGUUGUGGCGUGCGGUCCCUGCCUGUGUACGGAGCUUCCAACGAGCUGCUCCUCACGUUUUGUGGUGA